AUGAGCACUAGUGUUUCUUCUGAUUCAACAAUUGGGGCAGUGUCAAGCACUCAAAAUAAUGGUGCCCUUGAUGCUGCUCAUCCCUACUACAUUCACCCUUCAGAUUACCCAGGUAUGAACCCGGUUUCAACUAUUUUCGAUGGAAAGGGUUACGGUGGGUGGAGAAGAGUUGUUGUCAUAGCUCUAUCUGCUAAAAACAAGCUGGGAUUUACUGAUGGAUCCUUGCUUGUUCCCACUGAUCCCAUACUUCAGAAAUCUUGGGCACGAUGUAAUGACACGGUGCUCUCAUGGUUGCUCAACUCUUUAUCAAAAGAAAUUGCUGAGAGUGUGCUUUAUUCUAACAGUGCUAAAGACCUCUGGAAAGAUUUGGAGGAAAGGUUUGGCCAACCCAAUGGGCUAAGCUUUUCAAUUGCAAAAAGAGCUUGGUGCUUUGGUUCAAGGUAA